UGCGCGCUGCCGACAUUCAAUCGCGACCGUUAGCUGGGGCCGGGCGAAUGCGGUGGUACCAAGAGAGGAGAAAAUCUGACCGUCCGUGCCGGGUGAUGUGAAAAGUCACACUACCGCAUCCGUACCAGAGUUUCCCACUACAUGGCUAUACUUGUCAAUGGAAUGUGAGAUUCGCCAUGUGUCAAAAGGUGAUGGGCACAUCUGAUCAGUGAGUGACAUUUGGACCAUAAAUGGUUGUGGAGCGUCGUACUGGUUAACAGCUAUAUCUCCAGGUCAUCUCCCUCCACGAGUGUCUUUGCCACCUCAGAGCUUCUGAAAGAGGAAAAAAAAAACGUACAUCCCUGCGGAAUCAGACUCCACCCCACAACAUAUUUCCCAGCCAGACUCCCCACAUCACCUCAUCCUCACCUCCCUGAGAGGGAGCGAACAGCAGCAGUCAUGGUGUUGUCACAGAGACAAAGAGAUGAACUAAAUCGGGCUAUAGCAGACUAUCUUCGUUCCAAUGGAUAUGAAGAAGCCUAUUCCACCUUCAAGAAAGAAGCAGAAUUAGAUAUGAAUGAAGAAGUAGAUAAGAAGUACGCUGGACUUUUGGAAAAGAAAUGGACCUCAGUUAUCAGAUUACAGAAGAAAGUUAUGGAAUUAGAGUCAAAGCUUAAUGAAGCCAAGGAGGAGAUGACACAUGGAGGAUCUGUGGGUCAGAAGAGAGAUCCGAAGGAGUGGAUCCCCCGUCCUCCAGAGAGAUAUGCUCUGAGUGGGCACCGUGCUCCGGUCACACGUGUUAUAUUCCACCCUGUCUUUUCUGUCAUGGUCACAGCCUCUGAGGAUGCUACCAUCAAGGUGUGGGACUAUGAGGCAGGGGACUUUGAGCGAACCCUCAAAGGCCACACAGACUCUGUGCAGGAUAUCUCCUUUGAUCAUACGGGAAAACUGCUGGCUUCCUGUUCAGCUGACAUGAGCAUCAAACUUUGGGACUUUCAGGGCUUUGAGUGCAUCCGAACAAUGCAUGGCCAUGAUCACAAUGUGUCCUCUGUAUGCAUCAUGCCAAAUGGCGACCACAUAGUGUCUGCCUCCAGAGACAAGACCAUCAAAAUGUGGGAGGUGGCUACUGGGUACUGUGUGAAGACAUUUGCAGGACACAGGGAGUGGGUGAGGAUGGUUCGUCCAAAUCAAGACGGCUCAUUGAUCGCCAGCUGUUCCAAUGACCAGACAGUGCGUGUCUGGGUGGUCGCCUCAAAGGAGUGCAAAGCUGAGUUGCGGGAACACGAACAUGUUGUAGAAUGUAUUGCCUGGGCCCCUGACAGUGCUCACCCCACCAUCCUGGAAGCUACAGGCUCAGAGAGUAAGAAGAGUGGAAAACCUGGUCCCUUCCUUCUCUCUGGUUCCAGGGAUAAAACAAUUAAGAUGUGGGAUGUCAGCACUGGGAUCUGCCUUAUGACUCUGGUCGGACAUGACAAUUGGGUGCGUGGGGUAUUGUUUCAUCCCGGAGGACGAUUCAUAGUGAGCUGCGCCGAUGACAAAACCAUUAGGAUCUGGGACUACAAGAACAAACGCUGCAUGAAGACCUUGUGUGCCCAUGAACACUUUGUUACCUCUUUGGAUUUCCACAAGACUGCUCCCUAUGUGGUCACAGGCAGUGUCGAUCAGACAGUCAAAGUCUGGGAGUGCCGCUGAGACAGCCACUUAUUUCCUCUGCCCUGCACCCCCUAAAAUAAAAAGUCCGAUCCUACCCUAUCCUCUCCUGCACCUUCUUCCCUCUGUUCAGAUGCCCAGUCCCUCACCUCUCGCACUCAAAACCAUAGAUGGCCAAGGCGCUUUACCCUUUCCUUGUACCCUUUCCUUGCCCCCUUCCUCCUCUUCAUUGGUCCAGCCCUAUUAAGAUGACUAUUGUCCUUUUUGUGUAAAUUAUUCUGGAUGUAGGGUACGCUUAAUAAAUGUCACGCAUUCUCUGACACACAAACACACUCAAAGAUAAGAAGUAUCCUUGCAUGGUGACUCAAACAGAAAAAAAGAAGAAAAAAACAUUCAAUACUGUUAGAUUUACAAAUUUGCAUACUGUUGUCAUGACUCCCCAUCGGGUCAAAGGGUAAAUACCUUUGUGCGCUGGCACAGGUGGGUUCCAGUUAACUGACAGUGCACGAAAACCAAUGGCACCCCCUUGUCAAAGGGAUGAAGGUUAUGUUUAGUUCUGUUUUACUCUAUGCCUCCAUAAUUGUGAUCUGUCACUGUGUUGUUGGUGAUGGAGAAGGUGUGAAGAAAGUAAUGAGAAAGACAAGGGAGAGGCUGUCCAGAAGAAGAUGAAGAAAUUAAGCAGGAUGCAGCUUCUCAGCUGAAUCACAUGAGGUUUUGUGGGCAAGUGCACAUGUACAUGUGCGUAUAUGUAGUGUGAGUGUUUGUGUGUGUGUUUUGUAUGUUUUGACAGGAGAAUCUUUCCACUGCCUCUGCUCUGAUGGUCAGAUGAAAGAGGGGAGGCAAAGCUUCUUGCCCACUGUGUUCCUUCAUCUCUUGCUUGCUUUUUAGUAGACUCACUGGACCUUAAUGAUCCAUAAGCUGCUGAGAGCACAGGCACAAGCCCCAAAGUAAGUUUAACAGAGGAAGAAGUUAGUUCACCUUUUUAUGAGGUUUGUGUGUGUGUGUAUGUCACCCCAGAGAAUCGCCCAGUGCCCUCUUGCUCGCUAUCUCUGCCUUGUUAACCCAUCGAGGGCUUCCUCACAGGAUUUUCAUCCAGCUUUCUGUGGUCUCACUGCUCUCUUUACACACACAUACACUCACAAAUGCACAUACACGCACAGUAAAAGUUGUGUAUCAAUAUAUCUGGAUGUCAUUGUUUGCAACAUAAUGAAAUAAAAUCUGUAAAUAUAA